AUGGCGGCCCCGGUGCAGGAGUCUCCGGAGCCUCAAAGAUGCGCCUUCUUCGUGCUCAGGAAGAAGCGCUCCUGUAAGAUGAUCGUGGGCAAAGGAAAGCGCUUCUGUGGGGAACACGCCGCGAUGGAGGAAGGAUCUGGCAGCCGCAGGAUCGUGUGUCCGUUAGACCCAAAGCACACUGUGAGCGAAGACAAGCUGCAGAAGCAUCUGAAAAAGUGUAACUCCAGAGAGAAACCCAAACCUGUUUAUUAUGUGGAGGACGCAAACUCCGGCUCAGGAGACGAGGCCGACUCCACAGAGGAGGUGAGUCUGUCGGAGCGAAGUCCUGGAGAACUUCUCUGUCUAAUGGAAAAACUUCAGUCCGUCUGCAGAGAUCUGCAGUGUGAGCUGGAGGAGCAGGUCCUUUCCCACGCCGCUCUACAGGAGGAACUGAACAACCCCAAAAACGGAGAGAGCGCCCACAAGCACCUCCGACAGCAGUCCUCCAUCUUGGCUCACAUGGCUGCUCUGGGGCUGCUGAGAGGACGCCGCUGCUUCGUGGAGUUCGGGGCCGGUCGGGGGAAGCUUUCGCACUGGAUUCGCGAGGCUCUCAAGGACCAGCCGGAGCUGCAGCUGCUGCUGGUGGAGAGGAGCAGCACGCGUUUCAAGGUGGACGGGAAACACGCCGACGCAGGAGCAGAGUUUGAGCGUCUGCAGGUUGACAUCCAGCACCUGGACCUGAGUCGAGUGCCGCUGCUGCAGGAGAAGAGUCUGUCUGUGGUGGGAGUCGGGAAGCAUCUGUGUGGAGCUGCUACAGAUCUGGCUCUACGCUGUCUGCUCGGAAACCCGCACCACAGUGCCCGCGGUGAACCUCCUCUGAAACGUUCCAAACCCUCGGCCCCGGACUCCCCCUCGGCUCCUCCCUCUCACCCCUCCCCUCCUGCCUCUCACUCCCCCGCGGUGGUCGGCCUCACGGUGGCGCUGUGCUGUCACCACCGCUGUCAGUGGAAACACUACGUGGGGAAAGACUUCUUUACGGAGCGCGGACUUGGGGAGCGUCACUUCUCUGCCUUCUGCCGCAUGUCGAGCUGGGCCACGUGCGGCUACCGACCGGCCAAUCAGAGCGCUGAGUCUACAGAGCCGGCCAAUCAGGGCGCAGAACAGAAGGAUUGCGACCGCGCAGAGGAGGAACAUGAGCCAGCAGAGGCGACGGAUGCGAUGAACGAGUUCCUGAGUCCGACGGAGCGCGAGCGCGUGGGCCGCCUCUGUAAGCUGCUCAUCGACCGUGGCCGACUGCAUUUCCUCCAGGACAAAGGGUUCACGGGACGCCUGGUCCGGUAUGCCAGCUCCAAGGUCACCCUGGAGAACGUGCUCCUGACCGCGGUCCCCACAGCUCCAGCAGGACAGGAGCAAUGA